GGGAAGAGUUUCCAGAACAUAGUCACGCCGCACUCGAAAUCGCAUUUUCUAAAAAAAAACCAUUGCGAAGCCGUGAGGAAGAUAAGCUUCGCGCUCGCCACGCUUCCCGAUACAGGAUCAUCUCUUGACGUCACCUGCAGCCAUUAUUUAAUCUGAAUUUCUCCUACCCAUCUAUCGAUUCGAUUCUAGAAUCGUAUUGCUGCAGUUCCUGGGGAAAAAGAUACAAUCAGACAUGGAUCCGAAUCAGCGUAUCGCGAGGAUCUCCGCCCAUCUCACCCCUCCCAAUCAGAUGAUGGGGGGAGACGGGUCGGAUCUGAGGCGGGUGGGUUGCCGGGCGAAAGGCGGGUCGGCCGGAUUCAAGGUGGCGAUAAUGGGAGCAGCGGGAGGGAUCGGACAACCUCUGGCGAUGUUGAUGAAGAUGAACCCUUUGGUUUCUGUUCUUCAUCUCUACGAUGUCGUCAACACUCCUGGUGUCACUGCUGACAUCAGUCACAUGGACACUGGUGCCGUCGUAAGUUCCUCCUGUUUUAUCUUCUCUAUGCCUUGUGAGAGGGUGGUUCUGCAGCCAACAAUCAUGCCUGCUGGUGUUCCUCGGAAACCAGGGAUGACAAGGGACGAUCUGUUCAAUAUAAAUGCGGGAAUUGUCAGGACCCUUUGUGAAGCGAUAGCCAAAUGUUGUCCUAAUGCAAUCGUGAACAUCAUCAGUAAUCCCGUGAACUCCACAGUGCCUAUCGCGGCUGAAGUUUUCAAGAAAGCUGGCAUAUUUGAUCCCAAGAAGCUCAUGGGAGUGACCAUGCUCGAUGUUGUUAGAGCUAAUACUUUUGUGGCAGAAGUAAUGGGCCUUGAUCCCCGAGAAGUUGAUGUUCCUGUUGUCGGAGGACAUGCAGGGGUUACGAUUUUACCGCUGCUUUCCCAGGUGAAACCUCCAUGCUCUUUCACUCAAAAAGAGAUAGAUUAUCUUACAGACCGCAUCCAAAACGGUGGCACAGAGGUUGUCGAGGCUAAAGCUGGGACUGGAUCUGCGACAUUAUCUAUGGCAUAUGCAGCUGUAAAAUUUGCAGAUGCGUGUCUAAGGGGUUUGCGAGGGGAUGCCAACGUUAUCGAGUGCGCUUUUGUCGCCUCUCAUGUGACUGAGCUUCCGUUCUUCGCCUCAAAGGUGCGUUUGGGGCGAGGUGGGAUCGAGGAGGUGCAUGGUCUUGGACCCCUGAGCGAGUACGAGAGGGUGGGGUUGGAGAAGGCAAAGAAAGAACUCGCAGGAAGUAUUGAGAAGGGUGUCUCUUUUGUCAAAAAGUGAGAGUUUGGAUCGGAUUUCAGCAAAAUGCUGCUCACAUAAAGAAAAAGAAGAAGAAAUAAGAACAACUCACUCGCAAUAAACGUUCUCUACUUGUUUCCUCAUAAGUCCCCCGAUCUCAUAGAUUCGAGAAACCCAUGGUGUUCCGUGUAAAUCUCGCGAUGUUUUGUUUUUUUUUUUUAAAAUGUCGGAACAAUGACUGUUCUUGGAUCGGACAUUACUUAGAGAGAACAAGAAUCAUGCUUUCAUUCAUUUUGAGUCA